AUGUUGUCUUUGAAAAAGGGAAUAGCAAAAUCACACAUACUGCAAAGAGCGUUUUCCUCUUUUUCUGUCAUUCGUCAAGUUCAGGAACCCAAGAGCGGACCGGAUUUAGAUGCCAAAUAUCACAUAAUUGACCAUGAGUACGACUGUGUGGUCGUGGGUGCUGGUGGUGCCGGACUAAGAGCGGCAUUUGGCCUAGCCGAGGCGGGAUACAAGACUGCCUGUAUAUCCAAGUUGUUUCCCACAAGAUCACACACUGUGGCUGCCCAAGGUGGAAUCAACGCUGCGUUGGGAAAUAUGCAUCCAGACGACUGGAAAUCGCACAUGUAUGACACUGUCAAGGGCUCCGACUGGCUAGGAGACCAAGAUGCCAUCCACUAUAUGACACGCGAGGCACCCAAAUCAGUAAUUGAACUGGAACACUACGGCAUGCCAUUUUCGAGAACUGAAGAUGGAAAAAUUUAUCAAAGAGCGUUUGGUGGGCAAUCAAAAGAUUUUGGUAAAGGCGGACAGGCCUAUAGAACAUGUGCUGUGGCAGAUAGGACAGGCCAUGCAAUGCUUCACACACUGUAUGGUCAGGCGUUAAAAAAUAACACGCAUUUCUUCAUUGAGUACUUCGCUAUGGAUUUGUUGACUCACAACGGCGAAGUUGUAGGCACCAUCGCCUACAACGAAGAAGACGGUACCAUCCACAGAUUUAAGGCGCACAAAACCAUCAUUGCCACUGGUGGAUAUGGAAGGUCUUACUUCUCUUGUACCUCAGCCCACACUUGCACGGGUGAUGGUAAUGCCAUGGUGUCUCGUGCUGGGUUCCCGUUAGAAGAUUUAGAAUUUGUUCAGUUCCAUCCUUCAGGGGUUUAUGGGUCUGGCUGUUUGAUCACUGAAGGUGCCCGUGGUGAAGGUGGCUUUUUACUAAAUUCCGAAGGUGAAAGAUUCAUGGAGCGGUAUGCUCCCACUGCCAAGGACUUAGCAAGCAGAGAUGUUGUGUCCAGAGCCAUCACCAUGGAAAUAAGGGCUGGUAGAGGUGUUGGAAAACACAAAGAUCACAUUCUUUUGCAGUUGAGUCAUUUGCCACCAGAGGUGCUUAAAGAAAGGUUGCCAGGCAUUUCUGAGACGGCUUCCGUAUUUGCAGGCGUGGAUGUUACACAGGAGCCAAUUCCCGUCUUGCCAACAGUUCAUUAUAAUAUGGGCGGUAUUCCUACUAAAUGGACCGGUGAAGCAUUGACAAUUGACGAGGACACUGGCGAGGACAAGGUUAUCCCAGGCUUAAUGGCUUGCGGAGAAGCUGCUUGCGUAUCCGUUCAUGGGGCCAACAGAUUGGGCGCUAACUCGUUGCUUGAUUUGGUUGUUUUUGGCCGCGCCGUUGCAAACACUAUUGCUGACACAUUACAACCUGGCUUGCCCCACAAACCAUUACCUUCAAACAUUGGGCAUGAGUCAAUCGCUAAUUUAAACAAAGUGAGAAAUGCCAAUGGUUCAAAAAAUACCUCGCAAAUCAGAUUGAAUAUGCAAAAGACAAUGCAAAAGGAUGUUUCUGUUUUCAGGACGCAAGAAACAUUGGAUGAAGGUGUCAGAAACAUCACCGAAGUUGAUAAGACGUUUGAAGAUGUACACGUUUCCGACAAAUCAAUGAUUUGGAACUCAGAUCUCGUGGAAACUUUGGAAUUGCAAAAUUUGCUAACUUGUGCCACACAAACUGCCGUCUCUGCUGCAGCGCGCAAGGAAUCUCGGGGCGCUCAUGCAAGAGAAGACUACCCCAACAGAGAUGAUGAAAACUGGAGAAAGCACACACUAUCUUGGCAGGGAGGAACAACAGCACCUGUCAAAAUCAAAUAUAGAGAUGUGAUUGCGCAUACAUUAGAUGAAGAUGAAUGUGCCUCGGUCCCACCAGCGGUUAGGUCCUAUUGA